AUGGCCAGAACUAAGCAGACAGCACGAAAGUCCACCGGAGGAAAGGCGCCUCGAAAGCAGCUCGCCACCAAGGCUGCCCGAAAGUCUGCUCCCUCUACCGGAGGAGUCAAGAAGCCCCACAGGUACAGACCUGGAACUGUCGCUUUGCGAGAAAUCCGACGAUACCAGAAAUCCACCGAGCUCCUCAUCCGAAAGCUCCCCUUCCAGCGAUUGGUCAGAGAAAUCGCUCAGGACUUCAAGACUGAUCUCCGAUUCCAAUCUUCCGCCGUCAUGGCCCUCCAGGAGGCUUCCGAGGCCUACCUUGUCUCCUUGUUCGAGGACACCAACUUGGCUGCCAUCCACGCCAAGCGUGUCACCAUCCAACCCAAGGAUCUCCAACUCGCUCGACGACUCCGUGGAGAGCGAUCGUAA